GCCCAGAGUCCGGGAGUCAAAGCCGGUUGUCAACCCAGUCCUGUCCUGCAGUCGCCUGCCUCUUCUUUUUUGCUUUCAACAUGACAGAUGCCGCUGUGUCCUUCGCCAAGGACUUCUUGGCUGGUGGAGUGGCCGCGGCCAUCUCCAAGACGGCGGUAGCACCCAUCGAGCGGGUCAAGCUGCUGCUGCAGGUGCAGCACGCCAGCAAGCAAAUCACGGCAGAUAAGCAAUACAAGGGCAUCAUAGACUGUGUGGUUCGUAUCCCCAAGGAACAGGGAGUCCUGUCCUUCUGGCGUGGUAACCUGGCCAAUGUCAUCAGAUACUUCCCCACCCAGGCUCUCAACUUUGCCUUCAAAGAUAAAUACAAGCAGAUCUUUUUGGGUGGUGUGGACAAGAGGACCCAGUUUUGGCGGUACUUUGCAGGGAACCUGGCAUCAGGUGGUGCUGCUGGGG